CACGACUCCACGCACGUACGUAGGCUGCCUUCAGGUGAGUAGGCGGUAGUUCUUCUUCUUCUUCUUCUGCACAUCUCUUCUCUGCGUGGAGCAGCUUCAGAUCUCUGUACAGUGAAUACCAAGCACCUAAUAACUUUCGAGAGACAAGCAUGUUCGGCUAUUUCGCUGAGAAGCUCAACGUGAAGAAUCUGGGUGAGCUGCUGGCACCCACGCUCACGCCCGAGCAGGAGUUCCAUUCUGCCAUCGAGCAGGGGCUGCAUGAUAAGUUCGUGCACAUGCUGGAUGAGCUUAAUAUCGAUCCGAACGCCAAGAACGACGCGGGCAACCUCCCUAUUCACACGGCGGCGUACUAUGGUCGCGUAGACUUCAUUGAACUUCUGCUGACUCGCAACGUGGACGUCAAUGCCUUGUGUCCACGCCAAAACUCACCACUUCAUUACGCGGCAGCGCAAAGUCGCGACGAAGCGGUCAAGUAUCUUGUGAACCACGGUGCCAAUCCGGCGUUACGCAACCGUAGUGGCCGUACGCCAUACGACAUCGCCAAGGGAGACAACAUCCGCCAGUACUUAUUGCCCCUGCAGUUUCGGCAUGAAGACCCGUCUCAAGCUGCCACAAUGCUGCCACCGGGAAUCACUCCCUCCAUGGACCCGAUGGCGCCUCGACCGGUCAUUGCGCCGCCCCCGCUCAGUGGAGACUACACGGCGGCGCAGGGUCCUCCUAUGGGUAUGCCUCAGCAGCAGACACCGCAGAACAACUUAUACGCUGCUGCUACGCACAGUGCGAUCCCCCGUGGCGGGCCGUCGCGAUUCGCUCGUCCCAAGGACUACCGUCCCAUCCAGGCGGACGGCUUCGGCUCAAGUGUGGGCAACGAGGAGUUGACUGCUAAGUUCGGCAACAAGCGUGAGAUAAAGGUGACAGCUCCUCCUCCGUCCGUGAUGGUGCCAUCGGCGCCUGCUUCAGCUGACAGCGGUGUAGCAGAAAACGUCGCGGCUGCUGCUCCGCCUGCUCCUGGCGCGAACCCGUAUGCCUCCUCGUAUGCAAACCAGCCACGGACGUCGUCAACUGGCGGGUACCCUGGAUACGCGCCUCCCAACGCCGGUGUUGCAACGCGUGGCCCACCUCAAUUCAAGAUCUUCAACCCCAAGCUAGCUGGUGGAGCUGACGAUAACGCCAACACAGCCCCCGCUGCGCCAGCGCCUCCCGUGGCACACCAGCCUCCCGCCUUCGGGGCGGCAGCAGCUCCUCAAUACUCGCAGCAGCAUGGUGCACCUCAGUACGACGCGCCUGCACAGGACGAAGAAGUGAAUUUAUCUGCUAACGCGAGUGUGCUGCAGUAG